CACGACAAUCUUGUCAAACUGCUUGUACCAUUGAUGCCACAAGAGGACUUGGAACUACGAACAACUAGCGGCGCAACAGCCCUUCACAUUGCUGCAACGGGCAAGUCGGUUGAGAUGGCGGAGGCAAUGGUGAAAAAGAACAAGAAGUUACUGAGUUUAAAAGAUGAUAAUGGUUAUAUCCCAGUUUGCAUUGCUGCUCUUUAUGGUGAUAAACGAAUGUUGCGGUAUUUGUAUUCGGAGACUUCCGCGGAGGAACUAAAUCCUGAAACAAGUAACAGUGGCGCUACGCUUCUGUCAAUUUCGAUCAGUGUGGAGAAUUACAGUUUUGCGUUGAGCCUGCUUGAACGUUUUCCGAAAUUAGCCAUUAACAGGGAUGUGAAGGGGAGAAAAUGUUUGAAUGUACUGGCCCAGAAACGUUCGUCAUUCCCAAGUGGGAUUCAGCUCUCGAGAUGGCAAAGAUGGAUAUAUAGACGCCUUCGUGUUGAAACGGUAGUGACCACUCUUUAUGAUGAAGGCAGCACAAAAUACCGUAGUGAUAGAUUAACAGAUAUUGAAACAGAUAGUGAUGACUCUGGACAAUCUUUAGCUCUACGUUGGAAGAAAGGACUUAAGGAGGCUGCAUAUGAGCUACUUGGAAUCAAUUACAUAUCACAACUCAAACUCAAGCAUCGUCAAGCCACGGAGAUACUCAUCCUUGUAUGCAGAGAAAUAGCCAAGUUGAAUUCCACCCAACAUUUGCAAUCUCUAGUGAUGCCUUCGAUGUUUCAAGCUACUGAAUCUGGGAAUGUUGAGUUUGUCACUGAGAUGAUUAGAUUCGACCCGGCUUUACUAUGGUCCCGUACAGAAAUGGGUGGCAUAUUCCAUGCCGCAGUCGCACAACGCCAAGAAAAAAUAUGGAACCUCAUAUACGAGACAGAAGAAAAGAGAGACCUUGCCUCUAUAGAGGACAAUUUCGAUAACAACAUAUUACAUAUAGCAGGAAUGUUGGCACCCGUCUCUCACAUCACCAAAAUCCCUGGUCCGGCUAUGCAAAUGCAGAGGGAAUUGCAAUGGUUUAAGGAGGUGGAGAAUAUAGUGCGGCCAAUGUUGAGAGAACAGCAGAACAGAGAAGGCAAAACGCCUCGAACAUUGUUCAGUGAGCAACACAAGGCCUUGGCAAAUGAAGGUAAAAAAUGGAUGAAAGACACGGCCACAUCUUGUCUCCUGGUUGCAACUCUCAUAGCCACAGUUAUGUUUGAGGCCGCAAUUCAUAUUCCAGGAGGAAGUAAACAAUCGGGAGAACCAAUUUUAGAACACACAUAUUACUUCCAAAUUUAUGCAGCAUCGGAUGCAAUAUCAUUCACCUACGCAACUGUCUCCAUUUUGAUGUUCCUGGGCAUACUCACUUCGCGCUAUGCAGAAGAAGAUUUCCUGCAUUCGUUGCCGAGGAGAUUGACAAUUGGUUUGAUGGCCCUUUUCAUAUCCAUUGUGACCAUGAUGGUAACCUUUGGCUGCACUCUCUUCAUUAACUUGAGAGAACGUGUGGAAGAAGAAUUUCCAUUUUUUCCACCCAUGAUUAUGCUUGUGGCUGUCCCGACUUUCCUUUUUGCUUCCUUGCAUCUUCCUCUCUUCAUUGAGGUGAUCAAAUCCUCAUAUAGAGCUCCCCCUUUUAAUCCCCACCCUCAUAAAUUGCUUUUGAGGAAAGCAAGUUUGCUUCCCAAAGUCUCCGAUUUACACCGUGAAAGUUUUCAACAUUCAUGAGUGUUAACGUUGUUGAGCUUCAAUAUUGUUUCUGGUUUCUUUAGUUAUGAGGCAAUUAUUUACUUGUAUUAAGAAAACAUAUUAUGGUGAUA